AUUGUCUUCCAGGAAAUAUACAUCGCAUCUCUCUAGUUAUAAAUAACUAAGCUUGUGAUUGGCUGAUACUUUUAAUUUGGUUAUGGACAUCCGUUUCUUCAAUUCCAUCUGCUAAACUUGUAGAUUUAUUUCAUUGGCAUUUUCCAGGCAUCUUCUGGGAAAUUUCUAGCUAUAAUUUGGACAAGUUCUCUCCUCUUCUGCUUAGCCAGCUACAAUUUUUAUCAUCUAACAGAAUUAGCCUUGCAAUUGAAUUGAUUUGCUGCUACGUCUAAUUCUCUUGGCCUAGCUGAUUUGGUUAUCAUUAUCCAUUUUCUGUAAUUUCUUUGGUGAAGCAUACAGAAAGGCUAUUUUAUCCAAUGGAGGUCUUAUCUUGUGUUGGAGAUUCUUUUUUAUCUGCUAUAUUUAACUUGUUAUUCGACAAGUUAAAGGAAUAUCUAAGUGAUGAACUAUGGGAUUCAAAGGAGGAAAUACGUGCCCAGAUGGAAAGCUGGAUGACUCUAUUGCCCAAAAUUACUGCUGUACUUCAACAUGCAGAAGAAAAUCAAGUUGCCAACCAGUUUGUGAAGUCAUCUCUUGAUGAUCUCAGGGACUUGGCUUAUGAUAUGGAGGACAUACUCGAAGAGUUUGUGAUUGAUGCCAAGAGGCCUGAAUUGAUUGCAGAAUAUAAAGCCAGACCUAGCAAGCGACAAAGAAUCAUCUCCAAUGUCAAGAAUUUUUUUAGCUCUAAUAAGGCUAAGCCCAAUCAAGAGAUUAAUUCCAUGGUGAUGGAUCUGAGCGGUAGAUUGCAGAAACUUGAAAAUGGGAUGCAUAGUUUGGACCUGACCAAUUUGGCUUUGAAACUUGAAGAUAGGUCUCACAAAGUAGCUACAAAAAGACUACCUGAGUCUUCUCUUCUUGAAGAUAAGGUGUGGGGUCGAGAUAUAGAUAAAGAUGCUAUUCUUCAGAGGUUGCUAAAAGAUGGAGGUAGUCUUGAACAAGACUUUGUUAUUCCCAUUGUCGGAAUGGGUGGACUAGGCAAGACAACUCUUGCUCGGCACAUCUACAAUGAUAAAAAACUGGAAGGCAAGUUUAACUUGAAGGCAUGGGUUUGUGUCUCUGAUGAGUUUUUGCUUGUGUUGGAUGAUGUUUGGAAUGAGAAAUAUGGCCCAUGGGAUGUCUUGAAGAGACCUUUCAUGUCAGGAGCUCCUGGAAGUAAAAUAAUUGUCACAACUCGAAAUAAGGAUGUUGGGACGAUGAUGAGAGCAGAUGAUGGAGUUUACAAUUUAGCAUUGCUACAAGAUGAUGCUUGUUUGCCAUUAUUUACACGACAUGCACUGGGGAAAGAGAACUUUGAUGCGCACCCAAACCUUCAAGAUAUUGGUGAGAAGCUUGUUAAGAGGUGCAAGAGAUUGCCAUUGGCAUUAAAAACACUUGGUGGCAUCUUGCGGGGAAAGCUGCGUCGUGAUGAGUGGGAAAAUGUAUUAAACAGUGACGUAUGGAGUUCAUCAAAAGAUAGAAGUGGAAUUCUUCCUACUCUGAGAUUGAGCUAUAAUCAUCUUCCUUCUCACUUGAAGCGAUGCUUUGCUUAUUGUGCUUUGUUCCCGAAAGACUAUGAAUUUGACAAAAAGGAGUUGGUUCUGUUAUGGAUGGCUGAGGGCUUGUUACAGCAACAGUCACAUGAAAAGAAGCAAAUGGAAGAGGAGAUUGGUCAUCAAUAUUUCAAUGAGUUGUUCUUAAGAUCACUCUUUCAGCAAUCAAGUACAAAUAAAUCACGGUUUGUGAUGCAUGACCUCAUAAAUGAUUUAGCUGUACAUGUUGCUGGAAAAAUAUAUUGCAAUCUUGAACGUAGCAUGGGUGAUGAAAAAUUAGAGAAAGCUCGUCAUUUGUUAUUCACUCCACAUGAGUAUGAAAUCUCAGAGAGAUUCACAGUCUUAGAUAAGUUGAAGCAUUUGAGAACAUUCUUGCCACUUUUUGGUUACAAAACUUGCUUGUAUUUGUCUAAAAGAAUCUUGCAUGAGUUCCUACCAACAUUAAAUCGCUUAAGAGUGCUAUCUCUUCGCCACUAUCAGAUAAGCGAGCUACCAGAAUCUUUUCAAAAUUUGAAACAUAUUCGAGAGCUUAGUAAGUUGCCUAUGAAAAUUGGGAAUCUAAUUGACCUCCAUCAUCUUGAUAUCACUGAUACACCAUCUUUAAAAGAGAUGCCAUCAGGAAUAGGCAAUCUUAAAAAUCUUGUAACAUUAUCCAAAUUUAUCGUGGGGAAGGCAGGUGGAAUGAUGACGAGAUUAUCUGAUUUGAAGAACUUGUCACAACUUCAAGGAAGACUGUCCAUUCUAGAUCUACAGAAUGUUUUUGAUGUUAAAGAUGCAAGGGAGGCCAACCUAGACAAGAUCCAUGGUUUGGAAGAGUUAGUCUUGAAGUGGACUGUUUUUGAUGACAAUCAAGAUGAAUCAGUCCUCAUCUUGUUAAAACCUCAUUCAAAUUUGAAAAGUCUUAAAAUUUGUUGCUAUAGUGGUGAGAAUUUCCCUCCCUGGGUUUGUGAUCCAUCAUUAUUUUUCAAUUUAUCAUCCAUGGAGCUCCGUAAUUGUAAGAGAUGCACUUGGUUACCAUCACUUGGCCUACUACCUGUUCUCAAAAAAUUGAUUAUUGAAGGCAUGGAGGAAAUAGAAGCUGUAAGUUCUGAGUUUUAUGGGCAGCAUGGCUCUUUUCCAUCAUUGGCUGAAUUGGUGUUUAGAAACAUGCCAAAGUGGAAGGAAUGGACUUCUCCAGUUGGAAGUGCAGGUGAAUUCCCUUGUCUUCAUAGGCUUGUGAUUGAAAAUUGUCCUAAGUUGUUAGGACAAUUACCCAGUAACCUUUCUUCACUUAAAGAGUUAGAUGUUAGAAGCUGCAAUGGGAAGCUUUUGAAGAGUAUGGGAGAUGUCCCCUCUCUUACUUAUUUGAGAAUUGAGCAUAUUUCAGAACUGACUUGCUUACCUAUGAGGAUGAGUCUUCCAUCAUUAAAAGAGUUGUCUAUUAGAAACUGCAACGGGGUGCUUUUGAAGAGCAUGGUUGAUCUCACUUCCCUCACUAAAUUGGGAAUAAGAAAUAUUGUACAUCUAACUUGCUUGCCUGAGAGUUUUACACAGUCCUUGACAACACUUGAGACAUUGGAUAUUUUCCUUUGCAGUGAUCUUACUUGUUUGUGGGAGGAAGGGACAGAAAUAGAACAAAGCCUCUUGCCUUUCAAUCUUAAACAUCUUAGCCUCAAGUACUGUAGAGCCUUGGAGUCAUUACCCAAUGCAAUGAUGAUGAGGAUGGAUGGAAGCAGUAGCAGCAACACUAAUAUGUUGAUGUCGAGACUAGAAUGGUUGGAAAUUUGUGAUUGUAAUUCUCUCAAGUCGUUUACAAGAGGCAAAUUACCCACCUCGCUUAAAUACUUAACAAUAGAUCGUUGUAAAGGUCUUGAGUCUCUACUGGAUGUUGAUGGUGACUAUAAUAAUAACAAUAUAAAUUAUCCUUCUCAGGGUAAUUGUCAUCAGCUUCCAACUUUUUUCAAGGAAUUUAAAGUUACUGAUGGUGGCGAGUGGCUGGAAUCAUUUCUAGAGAAGAUGCUACAACAUUAUACAGGACUCCAAUCCAUUUCUAUUGGGGAUUUUUUAGAGUCCUUACCAGAAGAGUUGGGGUUAUGCACCCCCAAUCUUAAUUGGUUGGGCAUAACAAGGUGUGAGAAUUUCAAAUCCCUCCCAAAUACGAUGUACCAGCUGAAGUCUCUUCAAACGCUAUUGAUGAAAGACUGCCCCAGCAUCGAGUUCAUUCCAGAUGGGGGUUUGCCCCCAAACUUAACAAAUCUUCAAUUACAGAAUUGUGAGAAUCUCAAGUGUGUGCCGAAUACAAUGUACCAACUGACAUCGCUUCAGAGUCUAUCACUUUCAGGUGACGCUUUGACGAUGGACCUCCAAAACCUUAUGUCUCUUCAAGAAUUGACAAUUGAGCAGAAACUCCCAGUGGAUAUUGUGCUGCCUUCUUCUUUAACCUCUCUUUCGAUCUGGAAAGAAGAAAAUUUGGAAUCCAUACCUGGGGGGCUAUUCCCAAACCUAAGCUCCCUUCGAUGGUUACUUAUAGAAGAUUGCCCGAAGUUACGAUCUUUACCAAGGGAAGCCUUCCCUCCCUCACUUAAAAAACUAAAAAUCCGGAGUUGUCCGCAUGUAAAACGACAGUGCUUUGAGGCGAAAGGAGACUACUGGAGUCUCACCUGGAGCAUCCCCUUUGUUUAGAUAAAUGAAGACGAGGUAAUAUGAGGGACUGCAUUCCUACAACUGUGUAGCGUCCAACAUAGUUCAUAUCUUGAAUCUUGUAACAUCUUAUUAAACCCUUUACCUUUUUCAAGUCAACUACAAGAUUACUUAGAAGGUGAUUGAUCUUAGAUUACAAGUUCAAGCCUCCCUUUUUAAGCAAGAUCUUUCUUCAGAGAGUAGCUGCUGGAUGCUUUGACAUUAACGUUGCCUUUCAUGUGGGAGAUGAUGCUUCCAAUAUGAUGAGUCAAAAAUGAGUAAUCCGACAAUGUAUACUGCAUUCUCUCUUUCUUCAUCCCAAGUCACAGCCAAUAUUGCAGCACAAACACUGCUGUUUUACUUAACAAUGGGCUGACUUGCAAAGUAGCUUCAAGAUCUAACAAUUUGAUGAAAAAUGGUGGUGUUCACAAAUUUGUCAUAGUUGAAGGCUUUAAGCUAUAAUGUUCUGCCCUCCAAAGAAUGCCUUCUCUGGUAAGGCAGGGUUCACUUUCUCAUCCAUCAGUUGUACAGAGUGAUUCUCUAUCAUUUUAUCAAGAAAAUGCUAAGCUUUACUUCAUUUUUGCAAACAUGGAUUUUCUUUGAGUUUUUCUAUAAACUUUAAUUCCCAACACCUGCAGUAUCCCAAGCAAUAGAGCUUGUGUCUUUAGUCUAUCCUUGGACAGGGUUUUCUUCAGUUCACAUUUGCCAAGCAUCUUCCGUGAAAUUUCCAGCUAUUAUUUGUACAAGUUCUCUCCUCUUCUCCUUAGCCGGCUCACUCUUGUAUCAUCUCACGGAAUUAGCUCUGCAAUUGAACUGAUUUACUGCUACUUCUAAUGCUCUCGGCUUAGCUAAUUAAUUUGGUUAUCCAUCAGGGUUUGUGUCUUCUACAAUUUUUUUGGUGAAAUUUACAGGUAUACCAUUUAGAUCUUCGAUCAUGAUUCAGUUAUAUAUUUUUUUUAAAAUAUAAAAUGAAAAUAUUUAA